AGGAGAACAGAAGCACGACGAAAAAAUCUUCUUAUUUUGAUUCUGCAUUAUUUAACACAAGAAGGAUAUAUCGAUGCAGCCAAUGCUUUGGAGCAAGAAACUAAACUGGGGUUACAACGCUUUGAAGUCUGUGACAACAUCGACCUUGAAACUAUUUUGAUGGAAUAUGAGAGCUAUUAUUUUGUAAAAUUUCAGAAAUACCCCAAAAUUGUCAAAAAGGCAUCAGACACAGCGGAAAAUAAUUUACCACAAAGAAGUGGAGGGAAGACCAGAAGGGUGAUGAGCGACAGUUGUCAAAAUCUUCCCAAGAUCAGUCAGCAGAGGCCACGGUCCAGAACCACGGUGGGGAAGCCAGGGGAUGCCAAAUCCGUCCAUAAGGAGCAUCCUAAACAGGAGCCUAUCAAUAAUACUCCCAUGGAGGGCGCUGACUUUGGCUUGAGUAUAUCAGGAAUCCCCAAAGGCAGCGGAGAAGAAAACGUCCGCCCACAAAAAGGCCAAAUCAUUGACUUCCGAGGGCUGCUCACAGAUGCCAUCAAAGGAGCAACCAGCGAAGUUGGCUUGAACAGCCUUGACUGUAACCCAGACCCCUCAGAACGAUUGUUGAAACCUCUGAGUGCAUUUAUUGGCAUGAAUAGUGAGAUGCGAGAAUUGGCAGCCGUGGUGAGCCGGGACAUUUAUCUCCAUAGUCCAAACAUAAAGUGGAAUGACAUUAUUGGACUCGAUGCAGCCAAGCAGUUAGUCAAAGAAGCUGUCGUGUACCCUAUAAGGUACCCACAGCUGUUUACAGGAAUUCUCUCCCCCUGGAAAGGACUGCUGCUCUAUGGCCCUCCAGGUACAGGGAAGACUUUACUGGCCAAAGCUGUGGCCACGGAGUGCAAAACAACCUUCUUUAACAUUUCUGCGUCUACCAUUGUCAGCAAAUGGAGAGGGGAUUCAGAAAAACUUGUUCGGGUGUUAUUUGAACUCGCCCGCUAUCACGCCCCCUCCACCAUCUUCCUGGACGAGUUGGAGUCAGUGAUGAGUCAGAGAGGCACGGCUCCUGGGGGAGAACAUGAAGGAAGCCUCCGGAUGAAGACAGAGUUACUGGUGCAGAUGGACGGGCUGGCUCGCUCAGAAGAUCUCGUGUUUGUCUUAGCAGCUUCUAACCUGCCAUGGGAGCUGGACUGUGCCAUGUUACGCCGCCUGGAGAAGAGAAUUCUGGUUGAUCUCCCCAGCCGGGAGGCCAGGCAGGCCAUGAUCCACCACUGGCUGCCCCCUGUGAGCAGGAGCAGAGCCCUGGAGCUGCGCACAGAGCUGGAGUACGGCGUGCUGAGCCAGGAGACUGAGGGCUACUCGGGCUCAGACAUUAAGCUUGUCUGCAGAGAAGCAGCCAUGCGGCCUGUGAGGAAGAUCUUCAGUGCCCUUGAAAAUCACCAGUCAGAGAGCAGCAAUUUACCUGGAAUCCAGCUGGAUACAGUGACCACUGCCGACUUCUUAGAUGUGCUAGCUCACACCAAGCCUUCAGCAAAGAAUCUGACUCAGAGAUACUCAGCCUGGCAAAGUGAGUUCGAGUCCGUAUGA